UACAAAUUUUACAUCCAAAAAUCAAGCCUCUUCUUCUUCCUUCCAUAGUUAGUAAUUAAGCUAUAAAAUAGCUAUUAGAAAAUGUUGAAUACAUCCACCAAUAAUAUCAACAAAACCCCAUCACUAUUUUCACUUUCAAAGCCUUUUGUUGCAGGAAAUGAACCAAAUUUUGUUCAACUUCAUAAUUCGUCUAGGGCAUAUAAGGCAUCAUUUGGUGCAUUAUUCUCUAGGAAGUUGCAUGGAGAUGAUGCUUUAACUAGGGCACGCCGCCGUAGCCGAAACGGCGGCCUUAGAGUUGAAGCAGUUGCAACAACAGAUAGUGAACAAACUUUGAAAGUUAAGGCCAUAAUCUCAGUUAAACCAACUGUUGGUGGGUUAUUGUCCAACGUAGGCAUCAGCCGAGGGCUGGAUGAUCUUACUGACUUGCUUGGAAAAAGCCUCCUCUUGGAAAUUGUUAGUGCUGAGGCUCAACCAAUGACAAUCAAAGGAUAUGCACAUCGCGCUAAGACUGAGGGUGGAGUGGUAAAGUAUGAGGCAGAUUUAUCUGUCCCAUCAGAAUUUGGAGAAGUGGGUGCUGUACUUAUUGAAAAUGAACACCACAAAGAGAUGUACCUCGCUGAUAUCCUCCUUGAUGGCUUGCCUUUUGGCUUAGUACAAUUUAAUUGUAAUUCAUGGGUGCACGCCAAAUUCGAUAACCCUGAAAAAAGAGUCUUCUUUACUAAUAAGUCGUACUUGCCAUCACAAACACCAAGUGGAUUGAAGAAGUUGAGGGAGAAAGAACUUCAAAGUUUGAGAGGAAAUGGAGAAGGUGAACGCAAGAAUUUUGAAAGAAUAUAUGAUUAUGACACUUACAAUGACCUUGGUAAUCCAGACAGAGAUCCUGAGUCAGCAAGACCAGUUUUGGGUGGUAAUAAGGACCUUCCUUACCCAAGACGUUGUCGAACUGGACGUCCCCCUAGUAAGAAAGAUCCAAAUUCCGAAAGCAGAUCUAACACUGUGUACGUACCUAGAGAUGAACAAUUCUCGGACAUUAAGCAAGCACAAUUCGGGCUCAAAACGGUGUACUCAGUGCUCCAUGCUGUAGUACCAUCGUUAGAGACUGCGCUCAUCGAUUCCGAACUCGGGUUUCCAUACUUCACAGCCAUAGACUCCCUCUUCAAUGAAGGAGUCAAUUGUCCUGGAUUGCAGCAACAUGGGUUUUUGCAAGAUGUAUUGCCUAGGCUUAUCAGAGCUGUUUCUGACCUUGAAGAUAAUGUGCUUCGUUUUGAGCUUCCCAAGAUGUUUGAUCGGGAUCGAUUCUCGUGGUUUAGGGAUGAGGAGUUUUCUCGUCAAACUCUUGCCGGCUUGAAUCCUUUUAGCAUCAAGCGUGUCACGGAAUGGCCACUAAAGAGUAAUUUGGAUCCAACCAUUUAUGGCCCACCCGAAUCAGCUUUGACAAAAGAAUUGAUCGACAGUGAGUUAAAAGGUUCCAUGACUCUCCAAGAGGCAUUGGAUGAGAAGAGAUUGUUUAUAAUUGAUUAUCACGAUGCUUUUUUGCCUUACGUCAACAAAGUUAGCGCACUUAAGGGGACUAAUUUGUAUGGAUCACGAACUUUGUUCAUCUUCAACGACGAAACACUAAGACUUUUAGCUAUUGAGUUAACUCGGCCUCCAUCAGAUGGAAAACCUCAAUGGAAAAAAGUAUUUACGCCUGGAACUUGUGCCACUUCAUGUUGGCUUUGGAAGCUUGCUAAGGCUCAUGUCCUUUCUCAUGACUCUGGUUACCACCAACUUGUCAGCCACUGGCUAAGAACACAUUGCUGCACAGAACCAUACAUAAUCGCAGCAAAUCGGCAGUUGAGUGCAAUGCAUCCGAUUUAUAGGUUGUUGCAUCCUCAUUUCCGUUACACCAUGGAGAUCAACGCCCUUGCUCGGCUAGCUUUGAUCAAUGCCGGCGGUAUAAUCGAGACCUGCUUUUCACCAAUGAAGUAUUCCUUGGAG